AUGGAUUUUUUUUUUCUUCUUUUUCCUAACAGGUUCAUGCCAGAACAUAAGCUUGCCCGUUUGGCAAAGGUAAUUUGUGUUAAAGGAAAUGGAGAUGCUUAUCAAUUGGAGGGUCUGCCUGGCCAGCAGAAGAGCGGAGCUUUGGGAGGUUUAAUGAAAAACAGCAAUGUGCAUCGCGAGUCUGGACUUUGUGAAGCCCAGCCUGGACUUUGUACCACACAGCACGAGGGGCUGCCUUCCCCAUUAACAGCCCCGGCGAGACUGAGCAAGCCUGAAGUAUCAGAAAGUACAAAUCCUUGUCAAGAAGAUGAUAAGCAACAUCUGACUUUUAACCUCUCUAAUAUCUUGAGUGGACGGGACUAUCAGCAAAGACCUCUACACGUUGCCUGGCCUCACAGGUGGGAACAUGACAAAGAUCCUGAAACUUUCUUUAAAGUUCUGCUGAAACUGAAAGAGAAAGAUCUGCCUUUUCAUGUGUCCGUCCUUGGAGAGGCUUUCACUGAAAUUCCAGAUGUCUUUUCAGAGGCCAAAAAAGCGUUGGGGUCUUCUGUCUUGCACUGGGGCUACUUACCCAGCAAAGAUGACUAUUUCCAGGCUCUGUGCAUGGCCGAUGUUGUCGUCUCGACAGCUAAACACGAAUUCUUUGGCGUGGCAAUGGUGGAAGCGGUAUAUUGCGGCUGUUACCCGCUGUGUCCCAAAGCCUUGGUGUACCCAGAGAUAUUUCCAGCUGAAUAUCUGUAUUCUACACCUGAACAGCUCUUUAAAAGGCUUCAGAAUUUCUGCAAGAGACCAGAUAUUGUAAGGAAACAUCUCUAUAAGGGCGAGACGGCUGGGUUUUCUUGGGCAGCGCUCGGCGGUAAAUUCAGGUCUCUGCUCGCAGCAGAACGGAGGGAAGAUUUGUGACAGAUGGGGCUAAGUCACAAACUUGCAGCCUCAGGCAGAAUUGUGGAAGUUUCCAGAGUGUGCCCAUAUUUACCUGAUCAGAGAGAAAAGAAAAUCUGCAGAGGAAGCCGAGCCUGGCUGCUUGUCAUAGCUGACACAGAGCCAUCUGCCACAAACCUGUGGCGGCUUCAGAUCUCCAAUCCCUGCCACCACCCCAGCUCAAAUUAAAUACAGAUUCUUAGAGACGUUAUGAUGGUUACACAUGUCCUCGGCAUCACAUGCAGGAGACUGUUCAAAAAAAAUAUGUGGCCUGUUGUAUAACCGCACUCAUGUAUCCCAUAUGUGGUGCCACAUUGAAUUUCCGGUUGAAUCUGUUUUUAUCCUUUGUACUGGAUGACAUGGUGCCUGAAUUCUUUCUUUUCGCCGACACGAUGGCAGCCAAGCUGCAGCUUCAAACGCUCACACUUGGCUGAGUUUCUACCUAGGUUGCCAGGUUAUCAUUGGAGCCUUAUUGUGUCCUCAAAGGGCCACAGGGCCUGAAAGGAGGAUCCGAACGCUGCCGGACUAAUUGGGCAGCCAUCUCCGGGUUCUUCGGAGGCAAAGGGCUGCUUUAGCACUCUUCUUUUUUUUUUUUUUUUUUCAAAUUAAUGACUCUCUGGCACAGGGGUUUUUAAGUGAAGGUAUUAAUAAGGGGUCUGGCAGGUAAUCCCAUGAUUCACGGAGUUACAUUUGCAUUUAAUUAAUCUUAAAGAAAGCUGAAAGAUGAACAGCUGUAAUUCAAACUAGCAUGGGAAAUAUGCUACAUGGUGCCAUCUAUCCGAUAAAAUGAAAGCCGAGACACUUGUUUUUAUUUCUCUCAAGGAUGGAGAACAAACAGAUAACAGUCAAAAUACUUCCAAUAAAAACCAGUAGUUUAAAUGUAAUGGCAGUUCAUCAAGAAUCUUUGCAUCCAGUUACAAAUACAGUCUUUUAAAGAUAAAUCACUUAUGAUUCCAGCAGUCAAGCUGCUGUAUUUGUUGAUGUAAAAUGUUUUGAAGAUGAAGAUUGUACAAUAAAUUUUUAAUAAAGUGCCCACUGCAAUUUUUAA